AGAAAGAGAGAGAGUGUGUGUGUGUGUGUGUGUGCGCAUGUGUAUAUAUGAUGUUCUCAUUCUCUGUUGCUCAACAUACAGCAUCAUCGUGAACAGCUCCAGAAAACGAAGAUGAGAUUCAGUCUUUUCUCCCAGUUGGUCGUCUGGUUUUCCCAGACGUGGGGAAUUCUGAUGUGUCUGAAUAUCGAAUCCGCUCAUAUCCACAGUUGCCAGUGUUUGAACGAUUACCUCUUCACCAUCAGGUGCGAGUUGAACAUGACCUCUGAGACACGACCCCAUGAUGCCCUCUACUGGCUGGAAUUCUAUGAUGAAAGGGAGCCGUUCGUGUGUGUGUUAACGUCGCAGACAGACCCAUGGGUGUGUGUGAUGAACCUGUCUACACGGGUUGAAGGAACCUUCACGGACACGAACCUCUUCCAGAUCUCAUUUAACUACAGUUUACACGGCAAUAACAAUUCGUUUGUGCUGAAAAACUUCUACAAGCCAGUAGACUUCAUUCAGCCAGUUCCACCGUCAAACCUGACGUUGCUAUGGAAACCAGAUGAGGCUGUUUUCCACUGGCUCAGUGGCUAUGAUGAAAGCAUAAUGCUGGUCUCGAAGCUCCGGUACCAGCUCAGCAUACAGAGGAAAGGCGGGGUGUUUGAAGUCGAAUCCUUUGAAACCAACAUGUCGGUGCCGGUAUCCACCUUUGCGGCUUACACUGACUACACAGCCCACGUGCGCUCAGUGCCUCAUCAGAUCCAUUACCGUGGCGUUUGGAGUCACUGGGGUCCUGCCAUCAGCUGGACGACUGGACCCAUUAACGAAACUGUGUCUUCCGCUACAGUCUGGAUGGCUCUGUUCGUACUGCCGGUGAUAUUGCUCUUCUACUUUUCAUACACCAGAUGCAAAAGGUGUGUACUGAACCCAAGUCCUGCUCCUCAUAUUGGAGAUUUCAAACAGUGUUCAAUCAUGUUGCCAGAGAAAGUGGGCGACCUGCUCCAAAGGGAAGAGUCUCUACAGAUUGACAACUUGAUUGAAGAGCCGAAUCCCGCCCAGUUAGAAAAGACAAACGACGUCAAUGACGGCUCAAACCACGCCUCCUUCACCGGAUCACCCAGAUCUCCCAGCAUGCUUCAGUCUUCCGUUGAUUCAAAGGUCAGCAUGGGUAGCUGGACGCAGACUUGGAUGUCAGCAGAGAAGGGGAGUGUGACGUACAGCGAUGAGUACUGCACGCUCUCAUACCCCAUAAGUGAAUGAUAUGGUGUUAACACACACAAGAGCAAGAACGGGACACGCGACCAUCAUGAACGACUCACAGGUUAACAUCUAACAUAUAUUUACUAGACAGAAGGAAGGUUUCCUGUUUCCUGGAAAGCAUCACAUUACAUCAUCACCAUAUAUCAUCACUUUCCAUCCGAGAUUCUUGCUGCUCACAGAAAGGCAGAAAAUCUCAACUCACUGUUGUGAUGUCAUACUGUAACGAGGCACAUGGAGAGGUUGAAAAUGUUGGACACGCUCUCAGUGACUCAGAUGCUUCGCCCACAUAUCAAAGAAUCAUUUCUUUUGAAGCACUUUUAUGGCCACAAGCUCCAGAAUCUUGUAAGAGGAAUUUUCACCACUGCCAUAGGAAACAAAACUGAGCUUAGAAAAUAAAUAAAGCUCCCAAAGGAAUUUUUAAGGAAUUCCAAACAAUCCCAUCCAUUCCCAAGGAAUUCUCCACAAUCCCACCCAUUUCUGAGAAACUUUUGUACCAUACUCUCAAAGAAAUUCCGAACUAUCCUGCCUACUUCUGAAGAAAUUCAGAAUCCAGUCCACUGCCAAAGCAAUGCUGUCCAAGCCCACUCACUCCGGAAGGAACUUUGAAUAAAUCCACUUGUUCUCAUAGACGUUUGGAACAAGCCCACCCACUCCUGAAGGAAAUGUGAAAUGAAUUCUGGACAAUCACUUGGGCUCUCUGGGUAUUCUGAACAAUCCCACCCACUCCCAAAGAAAUUCUGAAUAACCCUGUGCACUUCCAAAUGAAUUCUGGACUAUCCAGUCCACACUUAAAGGAAUUCUGACCAAUCCCACCCACUCUCAAAGGAAUUCUGAACAAUCCCACCCACUUUAAGAAAUUCUGAACAAUCCCACUCCUCUAAAGAAAUUCUGAAUAACCCCGAGCACUUCCAGUGGAAUUCUGGACUAUCCAACCUACUCCCAAAGGAAUUCUGAACAAUCCCACUUACUCCAAAGAAAAUCAGAAUAAUCAUGUGCACUUCCAAAAGAAUUCGGUACUAUCCAACCCACUCCGAAAGGAUUUUUGACCGAUCCCACCUACUCCCAGAGGAAUUCUGAAUAAUCCAACCCACUCCCAAAGGGCUUCUAAACAAUCCAACCCACUCCCAAAGGAAUUCUGAAUAACCCCUUGCACUUCUAAAAGAAUUCUGGACGAUCCAACCCACUCCCAAAGGAAUUCUGAACAAUCCAAAUCACUCCCAAAGAAAUUCUGACCAAUCCCACCUACUCCCAAAGGAAUUCUGAAUAAUCCAACCCACUCCAAAAGGAAUUACCCAUAUCAAUAAAAUCAUCACAUCA